CAAACAUUUCAGUAUCGUGUAUCGUACAUGGUAUCGUAUAAUAAUUACACUAACUAGCCUACUUCUCAGAGUUCAAAGGUUUCGGACAGUUGAACCAUGGACCGUCUACUGUUUAUAACGGAGGGAAGCUAAUUUGUUGUUUUCAGAGCCAGCGUUUCCAGCGGUAAACAGACGUUGUAACCCCGAAGAUGGCAUUUUCCACCUGUACGUCGAACUAUGUUCUUGGCAUCGAUUUAGGAACCACGUCUGUUAAAGUUGUAUUGCUCGACUCCCAGUCAAGAACUGUCACUGAAAGUUACUGUUUGCCAACACGGGCUGACGAGGAAAGCAAUGAGACCAAUACCAAGGAGCAGGAUCCAGACAGGAUAAUUAACACCCUCAAUCAAUGUGUAGCUUCUCUGCCUGGAGAGAAGUUACAGAAAGUCGUCGGAAUUGGAGUCUCUGGACAAAUGCAUGGGGUUUUAUUCUGGAGAGCAAAGACAGGUUGUGAAUGGUUUGGCACCAAUAAUGUUCGCAUGUUCAAGCCCAAAGACACCAGUCAGUUAAUUACAUGGCAGGAUGGUCGCUGCACCAGUGACUUCCUUUCUUCGUUGCCACAGCCGAACUCUCAUCUGAGCCUUGCCACUGGCUUUGGAUGUGCAACUAUCUUCUGGUUGCUAAACCACAAGGCUGAAUUUCUCACAAAAUUCAAUGUGGCUGGAACAAUCCAUGACUAUGUGGUAUCGAUGUUGUGUGCGUCCGAGGGCUGUUCCAUUUCAGCACAGAAUGCUGCCAGCUGGGGUUACUUCAACACUGUCACCCAUCAGUGGAACCUUGACAUUCUGAGAGAGGCUGGCUUUCCUGUUCAUCUGCUCCCUGAGCCUGUUGAGUCUGGGACCUUUGCUGGACACACCUGCUCUGAAUGGCACGGGAUCCCUGCUAACACUCCUGUUGGGGCCGCACUUGGAGACUUCCAGUGUAGCGUCUACUCCACCAUGACCAAUAAGACUGAUGCAGUUCUCAACAUUAGCACUUCAGCUCAACUAACCUUUGGCAUGCCGGCUGGCUUUGCACCUGACUGUGUGCCUGAUGCUCUGUCACCCAUCGCCUACUUCCCUUACUUCAAUGGCUCCUAUUUGGCAGUGGCUGCCUCACUGAAUGGAGGCAAUGUGAUGGCGACCUUUGUUGGAAUGCUGACCUCCUGGAUGAAAGACCUUGGGGUUGAGAUCAACGAGUCCAGUGUCUACCCCCAGCUCAUCCAGGCUGCCCAGGACCAGUUAGACACGGACCUGAGGAUCACCCCCACUGUGCUGGGAGAGCGACACGCGGCCACUUCCCUGGGCCAGGUGUCCAGCAUUUCACCUCGGAACCUCUCGCUGGGCCACGUGACCCGGGCUCUGUGCCGUGGUAUCCUAGACAACCUUGCCAGCAUGAUGUCAUCGCACAUGUUACUGGAGGCAGGAGUGGAGAGGAUUGUGGCUAGUGGGAGUGCCCUGGCUCGGAAUGAAGUCUUAAGGCAGGAGGUUGAGAAAGCCUUCCCACUGCCAGUUGUCUAUGGGAAAGAUGUAGACUCAGCAGCUGGAGUUGCUAUGGUCUGCAGUGACUGCUUGAGUAGAAAAUGAUGACUGGCCUGUCUUUCAUGUCUUCAUCACAUUUCAUGUGAAGUUAACAUGAAGUAGAGUUAAGAAGGUGUAUUCCAUUCCAUAUUUUGUUGUUGUUGUUUUAAUUUGGACAUGAUCAUUUGCACAAGGAUGUCAAAAUACUUCUGUCAUUUAAUUUAAUAAGUUUAUUUUACACAUUUGAACCGCUUUUUUUUUUUUCAAAGAAGCUAAUUUGAAUUCAGUUUUGCAAUGAUGUCACUUCUCUGGACCAAUGAGGGAACAGGAAAUGGUCGAAGGAAAUAAGGCAGAGACUGCAGUGCUGACUCGGGCCGCUUUGAGCUGCAAUACUCAAACCCAGCGUGUGAUACGCCUGGUUGCUACUUCUACGGUGGCAAAGUUAAAUCCCAACCAUUAAUUGCGCCAAACACCGUUACCUAUCACUACCACUCUGGUCUCUAAGUACAAGAAAGGCUAUGCGGAUUAGCAUAACAAUUUAUUUGUCAGGUACAAGUUGAAAGUCCAAUACAUUACAGAAAACAUCUAAAUGAAUAAUAUGAAAGUUAUGAAAAACAGGUUAAAGAAAUACUUAGGCUAUCAUACAAAAACAGUCAUAGAAAUGUAUGCACCGGCUCAGAAAGUGAUGACUACACACCGAGAUGGUGCAGGAGUAGCCUAUCUGGCUACAGAUAUAACUCGCCGCGCUUCUUGUUAGCUGUGCUUAAGUAGGCCUAUGCUAUUUUAUCUUAGUUCAUGUGUGGGUGACUGUGCAUUUGCGUAAUGUUGGAGGUCACCUGGUUACAGGUUACCUAAGGAUCACAUAAUGGAUACUGUUGAACUGAGACCAUUGUUUUCCGUGAGACUCUGAGUAACUCAAUCAAGCCAUGACAAUACAUUCAUCAAUCACAUUUCCUGCUUCCCAGCAGUUUCUCCUGUGAAAUGGUAAAGUGUUAGUCAAAAGUUGCUGUAGUGGAAUUUUACAGCGGGCCCACAAUGGGGUUAUACAAAUCAGGGCUCCUUACAGUUGCCUGCUAUUUCUUUUGUAAGAUGAUAAUUGCAUAGAAUAUUUUUUUAUAUGAGUAUACCUUAAUUUCACAUGUUGACAAACAUAUUUGUACCUAGGCAUGUCAACGAUGUCUUACUAAUCUUAAUAGUUUAUCUGAUUAUGCAUAUAGCAUAUUAUGCAUACCUUCUUCUUUUAAACAGGCAAGAAUUACACCUUUGCUGAAGAAAAGUACACUUAAUUCAACUGAUGUGAAGAACUACAGACCUGUCUCCCUUCUUCCUUUCUUGUCAAAGGUUUUGGAGAAAGUGGUCUUCAAGCAAAUGUGUGACUUCCUCUAUCAGAAUAACCUACUAGACCCUAUGCAGUCUGGUUUCAAGAGUGGUCAUUCUACUGAAACUGCUCUUCUAUCUGUGACUGAAGCAUUGAGAGUAUAGCUAAGUCCUCUGCUCAGUCAUCAGUGUUAAUUCUGUUAGAUUUAUCUGCAGCCUUUGAUACGGUUAACCAUGACAUUCUCCUUUCUACACUAUAUGAACUGGGAAUUUCUGGGAAAGCUCUUGACUGGUUCAAAUCUUACCUUAAAGGGCGUUCUUUUAGCGUGUCUUGGCAGGGACAGAUAUCAAAGUCUCAUGACCUCACUACAGGAGUCCCUCAAGGAUCAGUAUUAGGGCCCCUCCUCUUCUCUAUUUACACCACUUCUUUAGGUGGGAUUAUUCGCUCUCAUGGAUUUGAAUAUCAUUGCUAUGCGGACGACACUCAACUUUUCCUAUCCUUCCCACCUGAGGACUCUAGUGUUUCCCAUCGGAUCUCUGCAUGCCUGAAGGAUAUUUCAAUCUGGAUGAAGGAUCAGCACCUUCAGCUUAAUCUUUCAAAAACUGAGCUCUUGGUGUUUCCAGCAAAAACAGCCAUUCCCCAACAGAUGAACAUCCAGCUUGAUUCAUCCUCAUUGACUCCAACUAGAUCGGCACGUAACUUGGGUGUCAUAAUUGAUGACCAACUUACUUUCUCUGAGCAUGUUGCCUCAAUUGCAAAGUCAUGUCGGUAUACCCUGUACAACAUUAGGAAGAUCAGACCUUAUCUGACACAAGAUUCCACUCAGCUUCUUGUACAGGCAAUGGUUAUCUCCAAGCUGGACUACUGUAAUUCCCUGUUAGCUGGCCUACCUGCUUGCGUAUUAAGACCACUACAGUUGAUUCAGAAUGCUGCAGCACGACUGGUCUUCAAUCAGCCAAAGAGGACACAUGUAACCCCUCUCCUAGUUACUCUCCACUGAAUCCCUAUAGUAGCCAGAAUUAAAUUUAAAUCUCUCACUCUGGCCUAUAGGACACUGACUGGAUCUGGUCCUAGCUACUUCAGUUCUUUGAUGAAGAUGUACAUUCCCAACCGCCCAUUGCGAUCUUCUGAGGAGCGUCUGUUAUGUCGACAAACCAUACAUGCUAGGUCAAACUGUAGAUCCUAUUCUUCAGUGGUUCCGUGUUGGUGGAAUGAGUUGCCCAGUGCUCUCCGUUCAAGCAACAGUUUUGGAUCUUUUAAGAGGAGUCUUAAGGCAUAUUUGUUUAAUAUGCACUUAGUCUUUUGAGUGUUUGUUAUGUGUUAUGGUUUGUAUAAUAGUUUUGUUUUGUUAUAAUUUGUCCAUUGUUAAAAAAUUGUACAUUUAUUCUGCUAUUGUCCUUAAAUUUAGCCAUACCUUGCUAUAGUUAUUGUUAUUAUAUAAUUAACUGAGUGACUUAUUUGAUUGCUUUUGUCAUUUCAUUGUUUUAUUUCUCAUUAGAUUAGUGCUUAAAUGAUUGUUGUAUUGAUAAUAUUGCUAUUCUCCCUAUUUUGUAAUUGUUCACUGUUAUUUAAUUUGUAUUGCUAUUUAUUUGUAUGUCGCUUUGGACAAAGGCGUCUGCUAAAUAACCAUAACCAUAACCAUAACCAUAA